ACCAAAAAGCAAAUAUUUUCUAAGGGAUAUUUAAAAACAAAUAUAAAACAAAUUUCUGCAUUUUUAACAAUUAUAGUUAAGAGUACUAUCCCUCUUCAAUUGCAUUCUCUAUAAAAACAAUUGCAUUCUAACAGCUGUUUGCAGUUUACAAAAUAAAUUACAACUUUAAAUACGAAUUUUACGGGAAAAAAUGAAAAUUAUUUGGAUCUUUUUGGUAUUUGGUGCAGUAUUUUCAAUAACAAAUGGAGAUACUGUAUUACGUUUAUGUGGCCAAGCUUUAAACGAAGUUUUGUCAAUUGUAUGUGAAGGCAAAUUAAAUGGUUUACCGGUGAAAAAAUUAGAUUCUAAACUCGUUUCUGUUAAACAUCUUAAUGACAUCCUUAUGAGUGACCACGAUUGUAAGGAUAUGCACAAGUUAACAAAAACAAGACGUCGCCGUUAUAAUACAGUGGGCAUAUAUGACGAAUGUUGCAGAACCAAAGGUUGUACAGUUAAGGAAUUACAGUCAUAUUGUCUCUAAACAAUUGGAUGAAAAAGUAAAAUUCUAAAUUUAAAUAAAUAACAUUAUCUGCCUUAUUCAUAACAAUUUAACAAAGGUUUAUAGAACAAAUUUUGUAUGAAAAAUUGUCUUAUAAACCUUUG